AUGCCACUUGUAAACAACAAAGUGGGUGAUGAUGCCACAGCCGGCACAGAUAAGGCUUUAGCUGAUGGAAAGCUUCUGGUGGAUUCCUUGAUAAAGGUGGUGGCAUGUUACCAGCACCUGGCCUCAUGUGUUGGUGGGUGUACAGACAGCUUGGAGCUGCGGGAUGAGUUGAGACAAACACGGGAAAGGGCCCAAAAGUUGGCCAUGAGCUGCUGUCAGCAUCUGACAACACAUCUCCGCGAUAAGAGUCUGCCGGAGGCACAGCGGCGGGAGAUGGAGCUCCUAUGGGUGGCCUUCUCCUCCAGCAUGGAGCUCCUGCAUGCCGACAUGUGUAAAGUCUUCAACAUGGGGAACAUCUUCUCUCUGGCCAACACUACUCCCUUAGUGCAGACUGGUAUUCAAGGGGGAGGCAGUGAAGUGGCGGCGAGGGCGCUCAGUCUGCAGGACCUGAACCAGGCUCAGAAUCCGGUGAUCCCAGAAAGCCUGGAAACCCAGGAACUUAGCGCCAUGGAGCAGGAGAUCAGCCGCAUGGACGACAUGAUCAGUGACAUGGAAAUGAAGGUCAAUGUCCUGCGCUGGAUGGUGGAGCCCCACGGCCCGCAAACCGCCGACCCACUAAGCAGCACGGACAGCGCUUCUCUGGCUCUGCUCUCUGUAGAUGAGGAGCAACCCGGCCACCAGCCUCGAUGUCAACGCAGCCAGAUCUUUGUGGCAUUGUUGCUAUGUGUUGUAGUUUUAACAGCAGCAGUACUGUCUGUCUGUGUUGUCCUCUUCUCCUGA